AUGGAAAGUGUUAAUUCUUGUUGGCAUUUGAAUCUAAAUAAUAAUUGGUAUGGCCAAGAGUCGUUGCCAUCAGAUUUUAAUAUCGCAUCAUCAUCAUCAUCAUCAUCAUCACCAAAUAAAAGUCCGAGUUCCCGAUCAUCAAAAACAUUGAAUCGAACAAGUCCGAUAGAUUCAUUCGUUAAAUUCGAUUAUUGGUCAUUGGAUCUUGAAUAUUUGAUUUGUUGUCUAGUUCCAAUUAUAUGGUCAUUUUGGGGCGUUUUACUAAUUAUUGGUUUCAUCCUAGCCGAUUGCUUUCAACAACAUCAACUCGUUUUUACACUAUCAUCCGUAUGGUAUAUCAUUAAUAUCUUGGAACAGAUUCUAACAAUUUUGGCAUUGACCUACGCUCGAAAGACGGAGGAAUGGCUGAAAAAAUUAUACAUACUAGAUACAACUAUUGGUUCGAAAAUUUUCCUCACUAUCAUCCAUUUCAUAUGGAUGAUGAUUGUAUUGAUGGUCGAACCUUGUGGCCAUAUUUGUUCCAGUAAUUAUUUCAACAAUGAUAAAAGCGACGAUAAUGAAUUUUUUGGACAUCGUCUCACUAAAUGGAUACAAUUCUAUGAUAUUCAAAUGGUUGCCAUCACACAUGCAUGGUGUUCAUUGGGUGAACUAAUCACAGCCAUGUUAUUAUCAAUCAAACGUAAUGAUCUAAAAAUCUAUUCAUUAUGGCGUAUGGAUCGUUUAGAUGAUUAUAUUAAAGAAAUCCAAACUUUUAUGUGAUCAUUCUCAAUUGUUAUAAUCUUAAUUUUGCUUUGACCGCUGAAAGAACCAGCGAAAAAUUAUUUAGCAAUCAUUUUGACAUCAACUGUUGUAAUAAACA